AUGCGCUGGACGGCGGUGGCGCGACCUCGUCGUCUCCAGCUCCAGGAAACCCAAGGCUGCCAGCGGCGGUGGCGUCGACGCCAGCAAGUGCGCGGCGGAUGGGUAUCUGAACGCGCGACGGGAGACGCAUUUCCUGCCGCUUCUCUCGUGGGACUCCUCGUCGUCCUCGUCGGCGUCCUCGGUCGACUCGGGCAAGAACGCGCGCCGCCCGCGGCCGUCGCCGUCGUCGUCGUGUUCCCCGCUGCGGACGCGGUCGGCGCCCGUGGCGAACCUCCUCCACCUCAUGUCCAGAACAAGAUCUACCAACCGCGACAAGGUCGGCGCUGUCGCCGCGGACGCGCCGCUGCGCCCGAAGCGGCAGGAGCCAGCGGCGGCGAGCGCGCACCCGCUCCUGACCCGAGCCUUGUCCUUGUCCUCGUCCUCGACGUCCUCCUCCGACUCCUGCAGGAACCCUCGCGUGGGCACGGGCGCAGGGCCGUGGCGGCCGCGCGGCCCUGUUGUCCGUCGUCCCGGCCCCCGGUGGCGGCCGAGAGUCCGCGUGUGAGCGCGUCCGGGCGCGUGGUGUUCCGCGGCCUGGAGCGCUGCUCGAGCACGCCGGCGUCGGCGGCGGGCAACGGGCCGCACCGGCCGCGGCCCAGGGGCAUGGAGCGGUCCUACUCGGCCAAUAUGCGCGUGGAUCCGGUGAUCAAUGUCUUCGGCUUCGGCCACCUGUUCAUGCCGUCGUCGCUGGCCAAGGAGAAGAAGGCCGACAAGGGGAGGGACCUCGCAGGUCGCAGGAACAGGCCGGAGAAGCUGGCCAUGGUGCUGAGAGAUCCACAGGAUUAG